GAAAGAGAAAGGGAGGGAGACAGGUCUAAACUUCGAAAGAGUUUUCUCCUUUUCAGUCCACUACGCUUCUUUCUCUCUCUAUCUUCUCUAUCUAACUCCAUGUGGGAAUUCAUUAUCGCUUCCCAUUGUAUCUCUUUUUGAUUCUGUUCCUCCCGCAUUUUCUUCCCUAUCCCACGUACUCCUUUGCUCCACUUCAUUCCCUCAUUCUACAAGUUUACCUCUCUUUUAUCCUUUUUUUUUUUCCUUGAUCAUGUUUCCUUUUUGAGAUUUUCUUGCUUUGACUACUGCGUCCGCCUUUCUCUUUCUGGAUGUUCUGCUCUCCUUUGGAUCACCAGCUAGCUUGCUGCUUCUGAAAUUCGCUUUUGCUCUUGCUCUCACUUUCAGUCGGCGAUUGCUGGGAUCAAUUGGAUGGUACUGGGCUUCUUCGAAUUGGGUGAUUGCAAGAUCUGCUGUGCGAUUUGCUGAACGAUACAUUUUUUGAUCUUGCUGGCGGUCAACCGACUUAUCGGUUUGGAUCCGAUCGGGGUAAAAACAGCGCCAUCUGAUGGCGCUGUUCAGAAGGUUCUUUUACAGGAAGCCACCGGAUCGGCUUCUGGAGAUCUCCGAGAGAGUGUAUGUUUUCGAUUGUUGCUUCUCCACAGAUGUAUUGGAAGAAGAUGAAUACAAAGUUUAUAUGGGGGGGAUUGUAGCUCAGCUGCAGGAUCACUUUCCUGAUGCUUCUUUCAUGGUGUUUAACUUUAGGGAAGGGGAGAAGCGAAGUCAAAUUUCAGAUAUAUUGUCUCAAUAUGACAUGACAGUUAUGGAAUACCCUCGACAAUACGAGGGCUGUCCUCUUCUGCCUUUGGAAAUGAUCCAUCACUUCCUUCGAUCAAGUGAAAGCUGGUUGUCUUUGGAGGGCCAACAAAAUGUUCUUUUGAUGCAUUGUGAAAGAGGAGGUUGGCCUGUGCUUGCGUUUAUGCUGGCAGGUCUUCUAUUGUACCGGAAACAGUACAAUGGGGAGCAAAAAACCCUUGAAAUGGUCUACAAGCAAGCCCCUAAAGAACUUCUCCAGCUUCUAUCUCCUUUGAACCCACAACCUUCUCAGUUGAGAUAUCUUCAAUACAUUUCCAGGAGAAAUCUGGGUUCUGAGUGGCCUCCAUCAGACACCCCCUUAUAUUUGGAUUGUCUGAUUCUUAGAGUCCUUCCGUUAUUUGAUGGAGGAAAAGGUUGCAGGCCUGUUGUACGUGUUUAUGGUCAGGACCCUUCAAAACUUGUUAAUAGAAGUUCCAAGCUUCUUUUUUCUACUUCAAAGAACAAAAAACAUGUUCGCCUCUACCAACAGGCAGAGUGUAUGCUGGUGAAAAUUGAUAUCCAGUGUCGUGUUCAAGGGGAUGUGGUUCUUGAGUGCAUACAUACGGAUGAUGAUUUCAGUCGUGAGGAGAUGAUGUUCAGACUUAUGUUUCACACAGCAUUUGUGCGUUCAAACAUAUUAGUGCUCAACCGUGAUGAGGUUGAUAUUUUGUGGGAUUCUAAGGAUCAAUUUCCCAGGGAUUUUAAAGCAGAGGUACUUUUCUUGGACGCUGAUGCUGUUAUGCCUAAUCUGACCACAGUCAGGGCAAGUGAAGAUGCAAAUGAGACAGGAACUGCUUCACCUGAGGAAUUUUAUGAGGUGGAAGAGAUAUUUAGCAACGUAGUUGAUGUGCAGGAAGGUAAGGUAGACUAUGAUUCUCUUCCGGCUCAUGAUAGCGUUGUAGAUGAUCAAAACCAAAAAGAAGUAUGGAAAGAGGACUUCGAUCCUCCCGCUUUUCAGGAAUGUACAUCAGAUGAUCGGACCUACAAACAGGGCAGAAGGAUGGAUUCUGGUACUAAUGCAGUGAAAGACAUUGCUAUUGAUGAUGUGAAGUACAAGCUUGAUGACAGCGUGGAUUCUACUAUUCAUGAAGUGAAAGAUAUUGCUGUGGAUGAUGGAGAAAUUAGAAAUACUUCUACGAUAGUCACUACUGAUACCAUUAUGGAAAUGAAGGGUGUCAAUUCAGACGUGCAUGGACAAUUGGAAGAUAUGGACUGUAAAUAUGAUGAAUUCGGCAAUGCAACAGAGGAGAAAUUAGAUUCCAAGGCUGGCCACCAGAAGCACGAUAUUUCCAGGCAAAAGUCUGAUAAAGUACCACCUGUGGCAAAAAAACAACUUUUAUCAAACUCGAAGCCAGUGGGAGAUACAUUUACAGCUAAGCAAAAGAUUAAGCAGCUUGAAUCACAAGGUACUCAGGCAAAACAAGCGAAGCCAAAUGCAGUAACCAGGUGGAUUCCUACUAACAAAGGUUCUUACACAAAUUCAAUGCAUGUUUACUAUCCGCCAUCAAGGUAUAAUAGUGCACCUGCCUCUCUUUCCAAUGCUAACUCUUUAAAUGAUAAAACUAUGGAUGCCAAAUCAAGGUCUGCCUCUGCACCUAUUGUCUCUGGGACACUUGUUUCUAGUGACAAGACAAAUGGAUUGAAAUGUCAAAAGGUGGAUGGACCAAAAUCUGCUGACUCCAUAGCGGAAAUGGAAGAAGAAAACUUACCAUCAAUUGUAGAGACAUGUCUUCAAACACCAAGUCAAGCACCACUUAAUGGCCCAACACAAGCAUUACAACCACCUGCUCCUCCACCGCCACCGCCACCGCCACCUUCAUUUCAUGCUAAAAACUCUAAGGCAUAUGCAUUUGAAACAUCACCAGUUAAUAGACAAAACCAAGAGAUGGAUUUACAACCUGUAACUUCACCUCCUCCUCCCCCUGCAGCUCCUCCUCCUUUUACUAAUAGAACAAUCACAUUAGGAGGUCUUGGAAUGUCUAGUGUAGUUGCCCCUCCUACUCCCCCUUCUUGUCCUCCUCCACCACCUCCACCGCCGCCACCUCCAAGAUAUGGAUUUUCAAUCUUUCCGCCUCCCCCUCCUCCCCCACCCCCACCUCCACCUCCACCUCCACCUCCACCUCCACCUCCACCUCCACCUCCACCUCCACCAUCUUCAAGGACCCACCCCCCACCUCCACCACCUCUGCCAGCACCUUCUUUGGGUAGAGCUCCACCUCCACCUCCACCGCCACCUCCGCCCCCUCCUUCGAGUAGAGCUCCACCACCGCCACCUCCCCCACCUCCUUUGAGCAUAGCUUCACCACCAACACCUCUUUUACCUCCUUCAAGUAGAGCUUCUCCUCCUCCUCCUCCCCCCCCCACCACCUCCUCCUCCUCCUCUCCUCCUUUUAGUAGAGCACCUCCACCUCCACCUCCACCGUCAAGAGGAGCACCACCUCCCCCAUCAAGGGGAGCACCAUCUCCACCACCACCUCCCCCAUCAAGAGGAGCACCUCCACCACCCCCACCUCCAAUGUCUAGAGCCCCACCUCCUCCCCCUCCUCCUAGUGGGCGAGGCAUACCUCCUCCCCCUCCUGCUGCUGGUCGAGGCCCGCCUCCUCCCCCUCCUCCCGGAGUGCGUGCUCCUAAUGCUCCAACUCCCCCUGGACCUCCAGGUGGUACACCACCACCACCUCCACCUUUGGGCUCAAGAGGUUCAAAUUCUGAUCCAAGGGGAAGAGGACGUGGACUUUCACGUCCUAUUGGGGUUGGUGCAGUAGCACCUAAACGUUCCUCCUUAAAGCCUCUACAUUGGAGUAAGGUGACAAGGGCAUUGCAAGGAAGUUUAUGGGAAGAAUUGCAAAGACAUGGAGAACCUCAAAUUGCCCCAGAAUUUGACUUUUCAGAGCUAGAGAGCCUUUUCUCUGCAAAUGUUCCUAAACCUACUGGUUCAAGUGGUAAAUCUGGAGAUCGACGUAAAUCUGCUGGGUCCAAACCUGACAAAGUUCACUUGAUUGACCUGAGGAGGGCCAAUAAUACUGAAAUUAUGCUUACAAAGGUUAAAAUGCCCCUUUCAGAUAUGAUGGCUGCAGUACUAGCUAUGGAUGACUCCGUAUUAGAUGUUGAUCAGGUUGAAAAUCUCAUCAAAUUUUGUCCUACUAAAGAGGAGAUGGAACUUUUGAAGGGAUAUGCUGGGGACAAGGAGAAUUUGGGAAAGUGUGAGCAGUAUUUUUUGGAGCUGAUGAAAGUUCCCCGAGUGGAGUCAAAAUUAAGAGUAUUUUCUUUCAAGAUCCAGUUUGGUUCUCAGAUUACUGAAUUCAAGAAGAGUUUAAACACUGUGAACUCUGCCUGUGAAGAGGUCCGAAAAUCUAUCAAGCUUAAGGAGAUAAUGAAGAAAAUUCUGUACUUGGGGAAUACAUUGAAUCAAGGAACAGCAAGGGGAUCUGCAGUUGGAUUUAAGUUGGAUAGUCUAUUAAAGCUCACUGACACUCGAGCUUCUAACAAUAAGAUGACACUGAUGCAUUACCUUUGCAAGGUCCUUGCUGAAAGGUCACCUGGGCUCCUUGAUUUUCACCUGGACCUAGUCAGCCUGGAAGCUGCUACUAAGAUACAAUUGAAGUCGUUAGCUGAAGAGAUGCAGGCAAUCAUCAAGGGAUUAGAAAAGGUCAGGCAGGAGCUUGCUGCAUCUGAAAACGAUGGACCUGUAUCUGAAGUUUUCCGCAAGACAUCAAAAGAAUUUGUUAUUGGUGCUGAGUCAGAGGUGACAUCUGUAACAAGUUUAUACUCUGUGGUGGGUAGAAAUGCAGAUGCACUAGCACUUUAUUUUGGUGAGGAUCCUGCCCGUUGUCCAUUUGAGCAAGUUACUGCAACUCUCCUAAAUUUUAUAAGGUUGUUUCGGAAAGCACAUGAAGAAAAUUGCAAACAAGCAGAGUUAGAGAAGAAGAAAGCUGAGAAAGAGGCUGAAAUGGAGAAGGCUAAGGGCAUUAACUUGACAAAGAAAAAUGCAAGGUAGUUGAUAACUGGCUGCUUGCUCCUCUGCACCGACAUCAUGCUCUUGCAAAAGAGCUAGAGGUCUGCCCUUGCGGUGGCAAGGUAAUGUAUUAAGGUGGAAAAGCAAUUUCUUGCCAGCUUCAGACCUUUGAAUCAUCCAACAGGCUUAGGCAUUGAUUCUUUGACAACCAGAAUCUUAUGGCCUAUUGAUCUUUGUGUUUGAACACACUGGAAAGAUCAAAAUUUGAGACAAUGGGUGCUUAUUGUUGUUGCUGGAGAUGCCCUUAGCAUCCGGCAAAUGCUGUAAUGCUGUAAAAGGCGAUGGAUCUGGUCCCUCGUGAAUCAUUUCAAGAAGAAAUUUUGUGGUAUUGAAGAUUGAACACGGCUUCCAUUGCAGAAGAACUGCCUCUGACUUCCAUCAUACAGCGCCAGAGCAGAUGCUUUGUUUUGUGAAGUACUGAAGUCGAUCAGUGGUAGUGUAGUAUCGAAGAACUUUGUACAGAGUGCUAACCCUCUUCGUUAGGAUUCAAUUCUUUUUCAUGUAACAUAGAAAUUAGUUCCUUCCUUUCAUUUUGAUAGAUUUUCGUAGGAUACAAUCGAGGAAAUGUUGUAUAGCAAUCGGGUUUAGAAUAGAAAUUAGGGGCUAAAUCUCUGUAUUUUAACUGUAAUUUAGUGAAGAGCAGGCGGAGUUAGAUGAUUCUCUUCUUUUUUCUUGUGAAAUACAUUUUUGUGAAGUGUAAAGGGUUUUUGAAAUUUAGCAUUCUGGACCAGAUGACUCACUGAUGAUUACAAAGACAAAUCCAAAUUCAGACAGGAAAUCCGCGAGUUUCACCAUUGCUGUCCGGAGGUAUUUAUGCUUCUUACAUCUCUGGUUGUAUGCUUUUUUUCCCUAGGGCCGAAAUGGCAACACCGUCAUACAUUAUGAGACUCCUCAAGGUGCAUUAAUUCAGAUUGUUCAUCGAUUCC